GCCGUAAACAGGAAAUGACUUCGCUCUGUCCUCUGUUGCUGUUUCAACGCUCGACAGUUCGUAGGUUGGAGUCGAAGGAACCGCAACGCAACAAAAACCAGCGCGGCGGUGCUUCAUAAAUGUAGUCAGAAAGUAUCACAGUUUGGACGGAGGAGAAAUGACGACACCACAGAGAAGAGCUCUGUGGUGAUCAGGAGAGAUGGGAGCAGCACUACUCACUCGGACAUGGUGAUCGGCUGGCUGUAGUCAUGGACCCCACCACGUCCUCCACCUAUGUUUACGGCAGGUCCGCCGCGGUCGACCAGUUGGAUGACUGGGACCUCCUCCCCUCUGUGUCUGCUGGGUCUUUGAGUCAGGAGAUGUGCUACGAGGACCGGGUUGCAGAGGACAAAAGCAAAUUGAAAUCCAAGCUGGUCUCAGCAUGGAACAGCGUCAAAUAUGGCUGGUCCUUGAAGCAGAAAUCCAAAUUUAACAAGAGCUCGCCACUCAUCAUGCUGGGGAAAACCUACAAUCUCAAAGAUAGCGGGGACGGGGAGCGUUUCCGCCGCUCCUUCGCGUCCUUCCUGUGGCUGACGUACAGACGGGGCUUCCCUCAGCUGCCGGGCUCCUCUCUGACCACAGACAGCGGUUGGGGGUGUGUUCUGCGUACGGGCCAGAUGCUGCUGGCUCACGGCCUGCUCAUACACCUGAUGCCCGCAGACUGGACUUGGCCUGUGCGGUACUCCUCCGUCAAGGACGACCUGGACCUGCUCCACCCGGCCGACUGGACGGCAGGGGAAGUCGGGAGUAAAAGGGGGCGGAAGCUGAGCGUCGGCUCCCUUCUGGACAGACCCAUGGAAGCCACACACAGGAGGGUGGUGGGCUGGUUCGCUGACCACCCCACGGCCCCGUUCGGCAUACACAAGCUGGUGGAGCUGGGGCAAAGCUCAGGGAAGAAGGCCGGCGACUGGUACGGCCCAUCCAUCGUGGCUCACAUCCUGAAGAAAGCUGUGGCGGCUUCGGUGGAUCUCCCCAAUCUGGUCAUUUAUGUUGCACAAGACUGCACCAUCUACCUCCAGGAUGUCAGAGGGCUGUGUGAACGGCCCCUCCCUCAAAGCUGGAAGUCCGUCCUUGUCCUGGUUCCUGUCCGGCUCGGAGGACAGGAGCUCAAUCCUUCCUACAUCCCCUGCGUCAAAAAACUUCUGAUGCUGCAGUGCUGCAUCGGGAUCAUUGGUGGCAAACCAAAGCACUCUUUGUUCUUCGUUGGCUUCCAGGACAACCAUCUGCUGUACUUGGACCCUCACUACUGCCAGCCUGCAGUGAACAUAAAAAAGGACAACUUUCCCUUAGAGUCGUUUCACUGUAAGCAACCCAGGAAAAUGGCCUUUUCCCGCAUGGAUCCCAGCUGUACCAUAGGAUUUUAUGCAAAAGAUCAAAGUGAGUUUGAGCUCAUGUGUGCAGCUGUGAACGAGGCCGUCUCCACGUCGGCAGAGACGUACCCCAUGUUUAUAUUCUCCGAGGAGAAGCGUCGGGACGUGGAGGAGGAAAGCAUCAGCAGCAGCAGCAUCACUUGCAUCCAGAGAAACGACAAACUGAAUAACGAGGACGGCACCAGCAUGGACGAGUUUGUUCUGAUAUGAACAAGAAACGGAGGAGAUGGGCCUUUUGUCUGUGCGGAAACCGUUGAGGAUUCGCAAUCUUCCCUCUUCAACAAGCUUGCAGGACUCGGCCGGGAACACACAGGUCCAGUGACUAUGAACUGACCAGGUUUUAGUCGCCUCUCUGCUGUAUUUUUAUCGGUGUUUUGUGCGUCUGUGAAAUUGUAUUUAUUCUAAAUAAAAACACAUUUGCAUUAAUUCCUUUUAGCAGAAGAACUCAGAGGAACAAAAGUGUCACUUGUUUGGCAUUAGCGUUGUAACACGAACCGGCUAAAGGGAAGCAUUGCCGUGCAAUGUGUGUGUUUUAUGCUCCAGUGGCUACAUAAGCUGCUCUUUACAUGGACUGGAAAAGCGGAUUUCUAAGUUUUGAUUUAUGACCCUGUUUGAAUUUAAACAAAAUAAUAAAACAUGCUCUCUAAAUGUA